AUUUGAAAUCAUUUCAAUUCAAUCAACUUUUUGGUCAUAAAUGUUGGCAACAAAUUACAGUUAUUAAGGACACAAAAAAAUAUGGCCAAAAAAAGUCAACAGAAAGAAGACACCAAAGACAAGACUGACAAAGAUGUGGACAUCGAUGACGACAGAGCUAAGAGAAUCGCUGGUCUCACUAACGAAGCCAAGAAUUGUCCCAUUUGUUUAGUUCUUGUGUCCAACCGUUCGCUGACCGAUACAUGUCUUCACGAAUUCUGUUACGAAUGUCUUCAUGAGUGGUCUGCAAACAAGAAUCGAUGUCCAGUGUGUCGUCAGAUCUAUCACAAUAUUAUCCAUAAUAUUAAAUCUGGAAAUCAAUACGACAGCGAAGUAGUUCCAGAAGUGCACAUCAAUGAAAUGGCAACAGUUGUCAGAAAUAUAUUUCUCGUUCUUCGUUUGUCAGCUGUUUUCAAUAAUAGUUUGGUUUUGAAAAUGAGAGCAAUUAAUGAAUUGGAAGAUAUCAACAAAGAGAUCAACAAUAUUACUAAUGGCAAACAAAAGUCAAAUCAAAAACUGAAAAAAUUAAGAGAAAAUGCAAAUACUUUGCAGACAACUAUUGAAAAAUUGAAUGAAGAUCUGAAUGAAGUUCAACAGCUCAUGGAUAACGACAAUUCAAAUGAAGAACAAAUAUUGGCUCUACUCAGUCAUAGAGAAGAAAAUAUACAACAUAUCUAUGAUAUGAUUAAUAUCUUGUGGCCAAUUGAUCCAACCGACGAUCGUAAUGAACCUCAGAAUGCAAUUGAGGCCAACAUUGUAUCGCAUCACUCGAUGCCAUCUCUUCAGACUGUUGUUGGUUUGUCUGUUGCAGAAGAAAGUGAUUCUAUCAGUGAAUCGGACGACAAAAGCAAAGGACAUGAAAACAAAAGAAAAAGACGAAAUGAUUGCAACCAUUCCAAAGAUCACUCAAAUGGUAACAACAACUCUGGCGGUCAGUCACAGAGUAAACGAAAGAGAAAACAAUGAUUUAUGAAAUGAUUUCUGUAUUAAAAAGAAA